GCUGUCUAUCUUUCCAAAUUAACCUAAUGUCGCAAGGGGAGUCAGGCUGUUGUAAUGGAUAACAACACGGAGGCAGUCGGACACAGCAGGAUUACAUAACAAAAGUGUACCAAAACGCACUGCUUGGCUAGCCACAGGAGAACACUAAACGCAUACUAGGCUACAGUGAAACGUGGAAAUAACAGGAUCUAAGAGGCAGGUGUCGGUAUUCCGGGCUGGUGGGCGUUCCAGAGGGACUGAUUGACAACCACCACACCGAACCGAUGUUUCAUGGGGGUUGCAUUGGGCUGCUGACCCACACAAUGAAACAUGACCUACCAGAAGUGCUGACAGCCAAUCACAAAUGCCAAAGUGAUGAUAUUCAGCCAAAAACCUGUGGACCAUCUAGCAACAUUAUCGGACUUGAUAAAGUCGAACCAUCAGCGCCAGAACACACUGACCUACCCAAGAAUCAACCUCCUUCCCCCCAGUAGGUAACAGAAUAGUCAUAUUCCUUCUCCGUUUUAUGCAAGCUAGCAGCAGGUAAUACUACCUAGCAUAACCUAACGUUGGGCUAUCCAUAAAAACCCACCCAGACAAAAUUAUGUAACGUUACUAUGGAAGUUACUAUAAUUAUAAUCGAUCUACUAUCAUUCUUGGCUUUUUUUAGCUAGCUGGCAAGCAAACUGUAGGCUGUAACACAUAAACAGCAGUGUAACUCUAACUAAUGAAGCUGAUGCGCUUUUAAAAAGAUUUUCUUGAUGCAGGGUCGUAAGUAUGGCGCCAGUGCGUUUUCGAGCCAUGAUUUCAGGCCCACCCACAACAUUGUCAAGAAGAAAAAAAAAGGUUUUGCUAGUCACAGAUAAAUAAAUCAGCAAACAAUAGAGUGUUGAGCCGUUAUGGUCACGUCUAGGGCCAGACAGGAAAAGGACAUAGGAAGGGAGACGAGUGUGCCGUUUAUUCUUGGUUAGGUACUGGGAAUGACUCCCUACUUAGGCUUAACCAGGAGAAAAAGUGAACAUAAACACAAACAGCAUCAACCCACAGACUGCCCCACAACAAGACCUGCAAUUAGCACACAAUUUACAGGCAUUUAUAGUUGACAACCUCAUCCGAACAGAGAAACCCUAAGCAGGCAGAGUCAUGCGCACAAAGUCCAUGAAUGAUAAACAACAACGGCCUCCUUCCCUGCUUUGGAAGGAAGUGAAAAUUGGGAACGAGCCAAUCACGAACGGAUGGUGUUUUCAAUCAACCAGGGACUGUCAUGGAAUACUGCCCCGCCAGUCACGUGGUAUGGCCCGCCGUGUUAUUUGUAACCACGCCCCCUUGAUUGCACACACCUGCACCGGGUUUAGUGUAUGUUCGUCAGUGUAUAUAAACCCCUUCUAGUGUGUGCAACGUUGUUGGUCAUUGUUUAUGGAGAUGUUGCUGCAGUGGUCGUUUGUGUAGUUAAAAUCAAUGCAUAAUCUUUGUUAGUGUUAAGCGUGUGUUCAUGUUCUUCUUUGCUGUUGUGUGUGAAUGCCACUGUUGUCUACGUCCUAACGUAAUAAAUACGGCACUCGGGCCACCGUGUCAGGAACAGCAAACAUAAUGACCGAGUGACGUCGGGAACAGAGUGGCCCACCGAAUAAUCUCAACUGGGGACAUAAAGUUUAAAAUAUAAAAAUAAACCGAUUUUCAGUAUAUGUUUCAUAAUGGUAUAGAUUACUAUAUAUCCAUUGAAUAAUCCCUUUCUUUGGUAGAGCUACUGUGGAUGUAACCAAUAGGCUAUUAUACAUUUUAGUCAAUUGUAAAUUAUAAGCAAACAUAUAUAUAUAUAAUGUAUGUGUGUUUUUUUUCCUACCAAGCCAAAUAUGGAAGAGGCCACUGGAAACAUGACACAAUAAAAUGUAGAACAAGACAAGAUACAAUCUGCCAGUCAACUCUGCCUAACCUAUGGGGACAUGUAUAGAAGAGGAGUCUUCUGGUGAGGUUUUCUCAUCUCCAUCUGAACUUUAGUAACAGAGUUUGAGGCACUCCACCCAUAAAGGCUGCAGUCAUGGCGGAUUGCCAGCUACCUGCUGGGAAUGAAGAAUUAAGCAGUUCAAGGGCAACACAACUGUGUGAAAUUAAAAUGAGGAGUAGAUCAGUAGAAGGACAUUUCACAAGAUAUUUUCUAAAUAAGUCCACUGUAAUCAAUGAAGAAGGUCUGAAAAGAGAGACGUUUGGAGUGAGACGCCCAGGCAAACCUCAUAAAAUCAUAUUACUGGUUGGAGAAACAGGAACAGGGAAGUCCACCCUCAUCAAUGCCAUGGUCAACCACAUGCUGGGUGUCAGAUGUAAUGACAGAAUGUGGUGUGAGAUCACAGAGACGAAAGAAAAACAAACCGAUUCUCAGACAACGGCAGUCACUGUGUAUGAUGUGUUUGCUGAUCAGAGUCCGUUCUCUCUCACUGUCAUUGACACUCCUGGAUACGGAAGCACAGCAGGGAUCGAGGAAGAUUUAAAAGUUGCUGAAACUUUACACAAGUUAUUUGGGAUAAGCGAUGGAGUUCAGAAAAUGGAUGCAGUGGGUCUUGUUGUGUCAUCAAAAUCCAGUCGCCUUACGGAUAGACAACUCUAUAUUUUUGAUGCUGUUCUCUCCCUGUUUGCUAAGGAUGUGGAGCAAAACAUUGCUGUACUCAUCACAAGUGUCACAAACAAGCCUACAAAUGUCAUUCAGGCCAUUAAAACAUCUAAAAUCAAAUGUGCUGAAACUAAUGGUGGUAAGCUUGUAUAUUUCUGCUUUGACAACUGUCAUUGUGAAGGCUUUAAUGCAGAAUAUGAGGAUGAGAUGGAUGAAGAAGAAGAAGCAGAUGAAUUUCAGAAAUAUGAAAAAAUAUGGCGUAAAAAUGAGAAAAACAUGAAUAACUUUUUUGCUUUCCUGAAUCAAACACAAACUAUAGACCUGGUUUUGACUGAGAGUGUUCUGAAACAACGCAAGCAACUGACAGCCUCCAUUUCCAACCUGAAGGAUCGAAUCAACGAGAAAGAACUGAAAACAAAUGAGCUUGAGCAGACCAAGUUGUCUUUGACACUACACAAAGAAAAACUGGACAUGAAAAACUUUGUAUAUGAAGUUGAUGAGCCCUACAAAAUAAAAGUCCCUAUAAACUCUGGGCAGUGGCACAUGAGUAAAGAGGCGACUUGCUGCACUGUGUGUGAGGAGAACUGUCAUUACCCAGGAUGCUGGUGGGUCAGCGAUCUCUCCUGGUGCAGCGUCAUGAAGAAGGGCAAAUGUACAGUGUGCACUGGAAAGUGUGACUACAGUUUUCAUAUUAAGGAGGCAAAAAUCUAUAAGUUAAAGACCAGGAAGGUGAAGAGGACUCACGAACAUCUGAAAAUGAAAUUUGACACGGAGUUCAUAGACAUACAGAGUUUAAUCUACAAACUUGAGGAAAAAAUCAAACAAGUGGAAGCAGAGAAGAGCAGGCUGGUGGAGGAGUGUUAUCAGUGUGUGCUUACACUGGAGGCGAUAGCGCUAACCGCCUCCGCUGUCUCCACCCUGAAGCAUCUGGACUUCCUGAUCGAGAAGGUGAAGGAAAUGGGUCAAAUGGAGCGAGUGCAGAAACUCGAGGAGAUACAGAGAAGAGGAGAGGAGGAAAACAGAGGAAUGUUGGGAAGCAUAAUAAAAUGUUGGCAUUCAUAGAGAAGAGGGCCUGACCGAUGCUGUGAGGCUAAUGCACAGGAGCAGACCUUCACGGUGCCUAGAGGUCUCUAAAGCUAAUUUACUGGAAUGCAGGAAUAAAAUUCAGUUUCAACAUUUUAUAUACAAAUAUCUAGUUUCAAGUGUUUAUUUGUAAGUAACUAACCAGUAAUAAUGUUAUAUAUUAAUAUUAAUUAAUAUAUUAAUAUAUAAUUAAUUAAUAUAUAAUGUUGCAUAUUAACUUUACCUAAUCUUAAAUACUAAUAAAUGUUACAUAUUAAUGUUACCUAAUCUUAAAUCCAAAUAAAUAACCUUUUACUAUUACUGAAUAUUCAUAUUACUGAUCAUAAAGCCACUGCACAUGCCAGUUCCAGUCCUGAAGUGGACACAAAAACAAACUGAUUGACAGGAACUGCAACCACUGAGAAUCUCAGUUUGUGUCUGUGAUGGGUACCAAGUGAAUAGUUUUCACAAACGUGUCUCUUAUAUUGGGUGGUAUCCUGCCAUGAGAUGAUGGAACCUAUUUAAAAUGAACUUCAGCAAUGAAUUGAGGCUUGGAGUUAUCAAAGGAUGAAAUGGAGUUGAAGAUAAACUCUGAGAACCUCGACACAGAACCAAGGCGGUGGGAUGGGGGUAGAGCAGAAACGGCUUUCUUCAGCGAGAAGUUUUGCGUGUCGAGAGUCUGGACCCAAGAUGAUGAGAAAGAUAGCCCCACCUCUUACAAAAUGUGGGAUAUUUUCAGAGAAAUUGUACUGCACACUGUACUGCAAGGCUUAGAAUGAUGCUCUCGACGUUUGCAUUCAGAAUAAUCAUGGAUAAUGAUAUUUGGUUUCUCCACUUCAACAGAGAUGCUAAAAUACUCCUUUCAAACAAAUAUUAGAAUCAAGAUUCUUGAAACACAAAAGGACUUUUGAUGUAGCCUUGUUUUUGACUUACUUCCGCUCCUAUAAUCCUCGCUGUGCUGAAAUGUUUGUAAAAUGUUUGUAAAAUGUCUCAAUGUUUUCUCAAUGAUUUGAAGUUAUAAUCACAUCCAUAACCAGCUAACAGUAUACUGAGGUCUGUGUCUGUCGCUAGGUGAUAGAAUGUUCUAGAUUUUGUGUGUUACUGAAUAUGAAAAAAUACAAAAUGCAUGAUUUAGUAGCAAUAUUUGUGUACACUAUGGAAUAUAUAUGUAAAUGUGCAUGUGCUUGUAUUACUAGUAUAAAGGCAUAAACCUAUAUAAGAUGUAUUAUUCAUGAUGGACCAAAUUAGGCUCAAUUGUUAUUGAUCAUUCAUAUAUUGGCUAAAUAUAUUUGCUAUAGAAAGAUUGUGUUUUUAAAUGUUACUCACAAAACACACAGAAGACUUUUUGUGGACUGUCUAACUGACCAUUCAUUCCAACUGUAUAUUCUUGCUGAACUAAUUUCAAAUUAAAUGUUUAAAAAAAAAAACCUU